GAGAAAGAUCAGAGUAAAACCAUACGCAAAAACCAAUGUCAAAUUUCGACGAUUCGUUUGACUCGGUCCCUGUCGCGGAGUCAACUGAUCCCUUUCAUGACGAAGGUUAUCAAGGCUAUGACUCCCAUCGUGCUGACUCGGCCGUUGAUUCGCCGGUCUUCAAUAACAAUAAGUCGUCUUUAGACGCUGGAGACGACGUGUUCGAAUCGCAGCAGUCGAUCUACGGCGAGUAUGCGAACGGUGAUUCUGACGGGCCGGUUUUGCCGCCUCCGUCCGACAUGACACCGGAGGAGGGCUUCGCGCUCAGAGAAUGGAGAAGGGAGAAUGCAAUUCGAUUGGAGGAGAAGGAGAAGAGAGAGAAAGAGAUGUUGAACCAAAUACUUGAAGAAGCAGAUGAAUACAAAGUUGAAUUCUACAGGAAGAGGGUUGUGACUUGUGAAAAUAAAAAAGAAACUAACAGGGAAAGAGAGAAGUUAUUUGUGGCCAACCAGCAGAAGUUUCAUGCUGAAGCUGAUAAGAAUUACUGGAAAGCAAUUGCAGAGCUUAUUCCUAAUGAAGUGCCAGCUAUAGAGAAGAAGAAAGCAAAGAAGGAUCAGGAAAAGAAGCCUGGCAUUGUUGUGAUCCAAGGUCCAAAACCUGGGAAACCAACUGACCUCUCAAGGAUGCGGCAUAUACUCAUAAGAUUGAAGCACAAUACCCCUGCCCACCUGAAGCCUUCACCGCCAGCACCUGCCCCUGUCAAGGACGCUAAAACUUCUCAGGCUUCUGCUUCGACUGCUCCCUCCCAGGCUGCAGCUGCUGAGGUUGUGGCUGCUGCUUGAUAGUUUUGUUGUGGCCUUAUUUGUUGGCUUUUAGAAGUCAAAAGGAUAUGUAAGAGUAGUUUACUAGACUGUUGUGUAGUUAAGUUAAAGCCCUUCGAACCUCAUGGAUUUGGUAUCUCAGUUUAUGGGACUUCAUAUUUGUGUUCAUUUAUGUAAAAAAACUUGUUGACUUAAACAAGGUGUAUUUCUCAACUUAAUUAUAAAAUCCAUCUACUUUAUGGUGAUAUUC